CCGCUGGGAAGUCGGGGCGAGGGGAGCGGGGAGCUGGGUCUCCAAGCCCCUGGUGCGGGCUCCUUCGCCCCCACCGGCCGAGCCUGCCGGUGCCAGGGUGGGGGUGGGGGGGCGCCUCGCCCCGCCUCCGGAGGCCUCGGCCCCACGCGGCCCCACCAGCUGCCGUUGUCCCGUGGGCCCUGGGCCCGGCACACUGGGGCUUUGUCCAGUCCCCGCCGCGACCCGCGGGAGGGGCCCCCACAUGACCGAGGGGGUAGGAGGAGCCUGCGGCGGUGGCGGCGGCGGCGGCUCCAUCAGUUCCCUCCGUGGCCGGGGGUCGGCGGGCGGUGACGGCGGCUGGGCCGGGCUGGGCGCGGCCGCGGACGCCGGGCCCCCUGCUCCCCGCCAGGCCGCCGGCGCUGGGCCUGGGCCAUCGCGGCAGCUGUGACCCGAGCGCGGUCGGGGCUGCGAGCUGGGGGUGCGGCCGGCCCCCCGGCCCGGGGAUCAUGGGGAAUGGCAUGACCAAGGUACUUCCUGGACUCUACCUCGGAAACUUCAUUGAUGCCAAAGACCCGGAUCAGCUGGGCCGAAAUAAGAUCACUCACAUCAUCUCCAUUCAUGAGUCACCUCAGCCUCUGAUGCAGGGCAUAACCUACCUUCGCAUCCCAGUAGCCGACAACCCUGAGGUACCCAUCAAAAAGCACUUCAAAGAAUGUAUCAACUUCAUCCACUGCUGCCGCCUCAACGGGGGGAACUGCCUUGUGCACUGCUUUGCAGGCAUCUCUCGAAGCACCACCAUCGUGACAGCGUAUGUGAUGACUGUGACGGGACUAGGCUGGCGGGAAGUGCUCGAAGCCAUCAAGUCCACCCGGCCCAUUGCUAACCCCAACCCAGGCUUUAGGCAGCAGCUUGAAGAGUUUGGCUGGGGCACUUCCCGGAAGGAAUCAAUGGAAAAAAUAUCCUCGGCUUCGCCGGCAGCUGGAGGAGCGCUUCGGAGAGAGCCCGUUCCGCGACGAGGAGGAGAUGCGCUCGCUGCUGCCGCUGUGCAGGCGCUGCCGGCAGGGCUCCGCGACCUCGGCCGCCUCCCCCGCGCCGCAGGCCUCGGCCUCCGAGGGGACCCUGCAGCGCCUGGUGCCGCGGGCGCCGCGGGAAGCCCACGGGCCGCUGCCGCUGCUGGCGCGCGUCAAGCAGACUUUCUCUUGCCUCCCGCGGUGCCUGUCCCGCCGAGGCGGCAAGUGAGGCGCCCGCCCCUCCUCCUCCUGGGCGGUCCCCCGACGGGGGCUGUCUGGGCCGCCCACGGCCUCCGGGAGCGCCCAGCGCCGGGGGGCGCCCCGCGGCGGCCGGCCCCCUGCUCCUGCCCGCUCCGCCCGCCCUGCUGGUCUGCGGCCGUGCGCCCGCCCCCGGCCCGGCUCCUCUGGGUGGGGCCCGCCUGCUGCAGUCACCUGGUGCCUUAGGCCUGGGGUUGGGGGGGCACGCGGCCCCUCCUCUUAAGGCGGAG